ACGAAAACCCAUCGUUUUGAGCCCUUUUCGAGUUGAACUAUUCCGACUUGAGUAUCCACUGCGUGUUUACUUCGCAAUGCAUCGACUGCGUCACCAUGCCGCCCUCGCCUCCUCCCGCCUCCUCGUCCGCGACAACCAGCGCAUCACCGCGCUCGCCCGCGCCGGCGACGUGGCCGCCGCGCGCAGGGUGUUCGACGCCAUGCCCCGCCGCGACGCCGUCUCCUGGAACGCGCUCCUGACCGCGCUGUGGCGGGCGGGCCGCGACCUGCCCGCCGCGCGCAGCCUCUUCGACGAUAUGCCCUCCCGCAACGUCAUCUCCUGGAACUCCAUCAUCGCCGGAUGCCUCGCCCACGGCGACCUCGCGGCCGCCUCCGCCUACUUCGCGCGCGCCCCGCGCCGCAACGUCGCCUCGUGGAACGCCAUGCUCGCCGGCCUCGUCCGGCUCGGCAGCAUGGAGGACGCGCGGUCGCUGUUCGACCAAAUGCCCGAGAGGAACGUGGUGUCGUACACCACCAUGGUGGAUGGGCUCGCGAGGUGCGGGGAGGUCGCUAGCGCGCGAGAGCUGUUUGACGCAAUGCCUACAAGGAACUUGGUUUCGUGGGCUGCAAUGAUAAGUGGGUAUGUCGACAACAACAUGUUGGAAGAGGCAAGAAAAUUGUUCGAGGCAAUGCCAGAGAAGAAUGUUGUGGCAUGCACUGCGAUGAUCACAGGGUAUUGCAAGGAGGGCGAUUUGCAGAACGCCAGAAGGCUGUUUGAUGGGAUUCGUGCCAAGGAUGUCAUAUCUUGGAACGCCAUUAUUUCUGGAUAUGUUCAUAAUGGACUUGGAGAAGAAGCAACGAAACUGUACAUCAUAAUGCUUAGAGAAGGUAUCAAACCAGAUCAGGCAACACUUAUUGCACUACUGACAGCAUGUUCUUCUCUUGCUCUGCUCAGACAAGGAAGAUCAACACAUGCUGUUGUCAUCAAAGCUAUGUUAGAAUCAAGCAUUUCUAUUUGUAAUGCUUUGAUGACAAUGUAUAGCAAGUGUGGCAAUGUUGACGAGUCUGAGUUAGUCUUCAUGAGUCUCAAAAGCCAGGAUAUUGUUUCUUGGAACACAAUAAUUGCCGCAUAUGCACAACAUGGCAGAUAUCAGAAAGUUAUUGCUCUGUUCCAUGAGAUGGAACUGUGUGGACUGAUACCGAAUGAUAUUACCUUCCUUAGCAUGUUAUCAGCGUGUGGACAUGCUGGCAGAGUGGAUGAAAGCUUGAAACUGUUUGAUCUUAUGUUUUCCAAAUAUGCAAUAUCUCCAAGAGCAGAACACUAUGCUUGUAUUGUGGAUAUAUUGAGCCGAGCAGGACAGUUGGAGAAAGCAUGUAGUUACAUAAAGGAAAUGCCUUCUGAGGCUGAGAAGAAUGUUUGGGGCACUCUACUUUGUGCUUCUCAGACACAUGGUAAUGUUCAGUUGGGUGAACUUGCUGCUAAGAUGCUUGUCCUAUCAGACUUUGAAAGUUCAGGGGCUUAUGUGAUGCUUUCAAACAUAUAUGCUGCUGCUGGCAUGUGGGGUGAAGUCAAUCGAGUAAGGAGCCAAAUGAAGGAAAAAGGUGUGAAGAAGCAACCUGGACAUAGCUGGACAGAGAUUGCUGAUAAAGUUCAUAUGUUUGUUGGUGGUGAUGCAUCCCAUCCUGAGAUGGACAUGAUCUUAUCCGAGCUGAGAAAAAUUAGCUUUCAUAUGCAGAUGGUCACUGAUAAAACUCAGAUGAUGGAAGAGCUAGUUCAAGAAUGUGGUUAGUGCUUUUUAUAUCAUCCAAAUUCUCGUGCGAGUUUAGUAAGCUCUGCUGUACUCAGAAUCUCCAGCUUUGUGCUCUAGGAUCAAAUUUCUAUGAAUAGAUUAUUCAUAUGAGAUA